CCGGCGGCGCCAUGUCGUUCUGCAGCUUCUUCGGCGGCGAGGUUUUCCAGAACCACUUCCAGCCAGGCAUCUACGUUUGCACCAAAUGCGGCUACGAGCUGUUCUCCAGCCGCUCCAAGUACGCACACUCGUCGCCGUGGCCAGCGUUCACCGAGACCAUCCAUGCUGAUAGCGUCGCCAAGCAGCCGGAGCACAACCGGCCCGGAGCCCUGAAGGUGUCUUGCGGGAAGUGUGGUCACGGGCUGGGCCAUGAGUUCCUGAAUGACGGCCCCAAGCCCGGGCAGUCCCGGUUCUGAAUAUUCAGCAGCUCGCUGAAAUUCAUCCCUAAAGGCGAGGACUCUUCUGUCUCCCAGGGACACUAGGCAGGCCGCCCACGCUCACCCUCGUGGCCCGUUCCUGUCUGCUGGGCCCAGCUGACAACUGUCCUGGCUGUGGGGGCCCAGCCGUCCUAGCCACGUGGUCAGGAGGCGAGCGCGGCUGAGCUCAUCUUUGAAGCUGCCCCACCGUCUCCGUGGCCUGCCGUCCACUCCCUGUGUGUCUGGGCUCACCCCGGAGGGGCCCGUUCCCAGCUGGGCUUUGGGCUUUGCCAGAGCUCCUGCCUAUCGCCCCCAGAUUGGCCCCCGCCCCGGUCACUGCAUGACCCGCUCUGGCUAAACCCUUCCAGGGCAGCCAGGGUGGUGAUGGUCCGUGACCUGCGGCGGGCAGGCCCUUGCACCGUCCGCCUCUCGUCUCGCACAUGCGCGGUUCAGCCGGCCUCACCUGGGCUGAGCAAAGCCUUGACUGCACCGCUGGGGUGCGCGUUCCCAGGGUGCGGCGACUGUGAUGGUGCGAAUGCCGUGUGGAGUAACCGGGUGGAAGUGAAUAAAGUGGUGCGGCGGGGCGGCCGGAGGCGCUGUCCGGGCGUGGCGUGCUUCCCUUA